AUGACUCACAUAUACUGUUCCUCUAUACGAACCGUCCCUGCGUCGUCAUCGGCCGCAAUCAGAACCCCUGGGCGGAAUGCAACCUUGGUGCUGUGCUCCGGGGGCUGCCCACGCACCCGGAGGAUACAAAAAGUCCACUGGCCCGUGAUAUGUGGAUGA